AGUCAGCCGGGCCAACGCCAGGGGGAGGGCAAACCAGCAGUGAUUGGCAGGAAACCGUCCCGCCUCUAGGAGGGUUGUGCCCCGCGCAGGCGCCUCAGCCCCGCCCUCCGCACCGCCCACCGUGCCCACUGGCUCCACCUUUUCCCGUCUCAUCGACCUGCUCGACUCUCUGCUGCUCCUCACUUUUUCCGGCUGCUGCCGGAGGGGUCCAGGCCAAGCAAGCGGAGCGCCGAGCCCAGCUGAUGCAACCUGGCUGGACUCGCGUGACAGUUCCCGGCACGCGGCGGCGACGGUGACCCAGGAAGGGGCUCUGGUGCCGGGCUGAGCGGGGGAAGCAGGGGUAGCGGAGCCAUGGGGGACGCUCCCAGCCCUGAAGAGAAACUGCACCUUAUCACCCGGAACCUGCAGGAGGUUCUGGGGGAAGAGAAGCUGAAGGAGAUACUGAAGGAGCGGGAACUUAAAAUUUACUGGGGAACGGCAACCACGGGCAAACCACAUGUGGCUUACUUUGUGCCCAUGUCAAAGAUUGCAGACUUCUUGAAGGCAGGGUGUGAGGUAACAAUUCUGUUUGCGGACCUCCACGCAUACCUGGAUAACAUGAAAGCCCCAUGGGAACUUCUAGAACUCCGAGUCAGUUACUAUGAGAAUGUGAUCAAAGCAAUGCUGGAGAGCAUUGGUGUGCCCUUGGAGAAGCUCAAGUUCAUCAAAGGCACUGAUUACCAGCUCAGCAAAGAGUACACACUAGAUGUGUACAGACUCUCCUCCGUGGUCACACAGCACGAUUCCAAGAAGGCUGGAGCUGAGGUGGUAAAGCAGGUGGAGCACCCUUUGCUGAGUGGCCUCUUAUACCCCGGACUGCAGGCUUUGGAUGAAGAGUAUUUAAAAGUAGAUGCCCAAUUUGGAGGUGUUGAUCAGAGAAAGAUUUUCACCUUUGCAGAGAAGUACCUCCCUGCACUUGGCUAUUCAAAACGGGUCCAUCUGAUGAAUCCUAUGGUUCCAGGAUUAACAGGCAGCAAAAUGAGCUCUUCAGAAGAGGAGUCCAAGAUUGAUCUCCUUGAUCGGAAGGAGGAUGUGAAGAAAAAACUGAAGAAGGCCUUCUGUGAGCCAGGAAAUGUGGAGAACAAUGGGGUUCUGUCCUUCAUCAAGCAUGUCCUUUUUCCCCUUAAGUCCGAGUUUGUGAUCCUACGAGAUGAGAAAUGGGGUGGAAACAAAACCUACACAGCUUACGUGGACCUGGAAAAGGACUUUGCUGCUGAGGUUAUACAUCCUGGAGACCUGAAGAAUUCUGUUGAAGUCGCACUGAACAAGUUGCUGGAUCCAAUCCGGGAAAAGUUUAAUACCCCUGCCCUGAAAAAACUGGCCAGCGCUGCCUAUCCAGAUCCCUCAAAGCAGAAGCCAAUGGCCAAAGGCCCUGCCAAGAAUUCAGAACCAGAGGAGGUCAUCCCAUCCCGGCUGGAUAUCCGUGUGGGGAAAAUCAUCACUGUGGAGAAGCACCCAGAUGCAGACAGCCUGUAUGUAGAGAAGAUUGACGUGGGGGAAGCUGAACCACGGACUGUGGUGAGCAGCCUGGUACAGUUCGUGCCCAAGGAGGAACUGCAGGACAGGCUGGUAGUGGUGCUGUGCAACCUGAAACCCCAGAAGAUGAGAGGAGUCGAGUCCCAAGGCAUGCUUCUGUGUGCUUCUAUAGAAGGGAUAAACCGCCAGGUUGAACCUCUGGACCCUCCAGCAGGCUCUGCUCCUGGUGAGCACGUGUUUGUGAAGGGCUAUGAAAAGGGCCAACCAGAUGAGGAGCUCAAGCCCAAGAAGAAAGUCUUCGAGAAGUUGCAGGCUGACUUCAAAAUUUCUGAGGAGUGCAUCGCACAGUGGAAGCAAACCAACUUCAUGACCAAGCUGGGCUCCAUUUCCUGUAAAUCGCUGAAAGGGGGGAACAUUAGCUAGCCAGCCCAGCAUCUUCCCCCCUUCUUCCACCACUGAGUCAUCUGCUGUCUCUUCAGUCUGCUCCAUCCAUCACCCAUUUACCCAUCUCUCAGGACAUGGAAGCAGCGGGUUUGGACUCUUUAUUCGGUGCAGCUUACCCUCCCCAGAACCCAGGAUCAUCCUGUCUGGCUGCAGUGAGAGACCAACCCCUAACAAGGGCUGGGCCACAGCAGGGAGUCCAGCCCUACCUUCUUCCCUUGGCAGCUGGAGAAAUCUGGUUUCAAUAUAACUCAUUUAAAAAUUUAUGCCACAGUCCUUAUAAUUGGAAAAAUACUGGUGCCCAGGUUUUCUUGGAGUUAUCCAAGCAGCUGCGCCUCUAGCUGGGAUCUGGUACCUGGACUAGGCUAAUUACAGCUUCUCCCCAACAGGAAACUGUGGGAUUUGAAAAGGAAAGGGAAGGGAAAACAGAGAACCUAGUGGUCUACCAAGUGGUUGGCAACUUUCCCAAUGUCUGCUUACUCUGAGGCUUGGCACUGGGGGCCAGGGCCUGCCCCAGGGCUCCUGGAAUUUCCCUUGAUCCAGCUAGGCUGGGACACUCCCUAAACCAGCUGCGUGUUGUUAGCAUCAGGCAGAAUGAAUGGCAGAGAGUGAUUCUGUCUUCAUAGAGGGUGGGGUAUUUCUCCAUAAGGCAUCUCAGUCAAAUCCCCAUCACUGUCAUAAAUUCAAAUAAAAUGUCUGAGCAAGGG